AUGUUUUCAUCACAAAAUAAUUCAUAUAUGAUGAUGAUGGGUGGUGGUGGUAUUGGUAAUAUAAAUAAUAAUCAAUUUUAUUCACCAAUUAUUAGUACAUCAGCACAAUCAUUUAAUUCAAUAGUAGAAUGGAAAAGAGAUAUUAUAAGGCAAUUGAAUGAUAGGAACCAAAAUCAAACCAACAAUUACUCUGAAUUCAUGAGAAUAUAUACAGAUUUAUUAAAGAGAGAACGUACAUUAAACGAUCGUACAUUGUUAUAUGAAAAAGAGAUAGUUUCAUUAAGAAACGAGAAAAAGACACAACAACAACCUCCAUCAGGUUCCUCUAAAAUGGAUUCGUCGUCGUCGUCGUCUUCAUCGAAUCGUGUUAGUGGUAUGGGAUCAACGAUUGAAGAAAUGGAGCAAAAACUAUUCAAACUUCAAGAAGAUUUAACCAAUAGUUAUAAAAGAAAUGCUGAUAAUGCCUCUAGCAUUCUAUUAUUAAAUGAUAAGAAUAAAGAUUUACAAAAUGAAUUAAUGUCAAAAGAGAUUGAAAUCGAAAGAAUUCGAUCAACUAUUCAACAAGAUUUAGAUUCAAUAAAAAGAUUAGAAAUGGUUGUAAUUGAAAAAGAAAAUGUUUCACAAAUUAUUAGAGAUGAAUUAUCAUCAUUACAAACAGAAUUUUUACAUAAUGAAAGUAAAGUUGUAAAAUUAGAACAAGAGAAUAGUAGUUUAGUUGAAAGAUGGUUAAGAAAAAAGAAUGAAGAAGCAAGUAAAAUGAAUGAAGCAAAUGAUUUUUAUCAAAAGAUGGUAGAACAAAGAGAUAGUACACCAGCUAAAGCUGCUGUACAAUUGAGUGAGAGUAUUUCGAAUUUGGUGGUGAAAUUACCAGAUGCCAAUGAUGUACCAAUACCUAUUGUAUUGGAGAGGGGUGUAUUUUCAUCAGAGGCAAUGCUACCGAGUAAAGCGAAAAAGAGAUGGACAGGUCAUAAUUCUGAGAUCUAUUGUAUGGCUUUCAAUUCAAUUGGUAAUCUUUUGGCAACUGGUGGUGGUGAUAAAUGUGUAAAGGUUUGGGAUGUAAUUAGUGGUCAACAGAAAUCAACGUUAUUGGGUGCCUCACAAUCGAUUGUAUCGGUUAGUUUCUCACCAAAUGAUGAAUCGAUAUUGGGCACGAGUAAUGAUAAUUCAGCACGUCUUUGGAAUACGGAAUUGGGUCGUUCAAGACACACAUUGACUGGCCAUAUUGGUAAGGUGUAUACGGGUAAAUUCAUAAACUCGAAUCGUGUGGUCACGGGCAGUCAUGAUCGUACUAUCAAAUUGUGGGAUCUUCAAAAGGGUUAUUGUACACGUACCAUCUUUUGUUUCUCAAGUUGUAAUGAUUUGGUGAUCCUAGGUGGUAGUGGCACUCAUUUAGCUAGUGGUCAUGUCGAUCAUAGUGUCAGAUUUUGGGAUUCAAACGCUGGUGAACCAACUCAAGUACUCUCAUCGAUUCACGAGGGUCAAAUCACUUCAAUCACAAAUUCACCCACAAAUACCAAUCAAAUCCUUACAAACUCUCGUGAUCAUACCCUAAAGAUCAUCGAUAUACGUACCUUUGAUACAAUUAGAACCUUUAAGGAUCCAGAAUAUCGUAAUGGUCUAAAUUGGACUAAAGCUUCUUGGUCUCCAGAUGGUCGUUAUAUUGCAUCAGGUUCAAUCGAUGGUUCAAUUUGUAUUUGGGAUGCUACAAAUGGUAAAACCGUUAAAGUUUUAACAAAAGUUCAUAAUAAUGGUUCUUCAGUUUGUUGUUGUUCUUGGUCACCAUUAGCAAAUAUUUUUAUAUCUGCUGAUAAAGAUAAAAAUAUAAUUCAAUGGGAAUAA